GCAGCACCAUGGCCUUUCUCUGGUUCCUCUCAUGCUUCGCCCUUGUGGGGGCCACCUUCGGCUGCGGAGUGCCAGCAAUCCACCCUGUGCUGAAUGGCCUGUCCAGGAUCGUCAACGGGGAGGAUGCCGUUCCCGGCUCCUGGCCCUGGCAGGUGUCCCUGCAGGACAGCACCGGCUUCCACUUCUGCGGGGGCUCCCUCAUCAGUGAGGACUGGGUAGUCACUGCCGCCCACUGUGGGGUCAGGACCUCCCACCUGGUCGUGGCUGGGGAGUUUGACCAGGGCUCAGAUGCAGAGGAUACCCAGGUCCUGAAGAUCGCCAAGGUCUUCAAGAACCCCAACUUCAACAUGAUCACUGUCCGCAAUGACAUCACCCUGUUAAAGUUGGCCACACCCGCCCGCUUCACCCGGACCGUGUCUGCUGUCUGCCUGCCCGGGGCUGAAGAUGACUUCCCCGCUGGCUCCCUUUGUGCCACUACAGGCUGGGGCAAGACCAAGUACAACGCUCUCAAUACCCCUGAGAAGCUACAGCAGGCAGCCCUGCCCCUCCUGUCCAAUGCCGACUGCAAGAAGUACUGGGGCAGCAAGAUCACUGACGUGAUGAUCUGUGCCGGGGCCAGUGGCGUCUCCUCCUGCAUGGGUGACUCUGGUGGCCCCCUGGUCUGCCAGAAGGACGACGCGUGGACCCUGGUGGGCAUUGUGUCUUGGGGCAGCGGCACCUGUUCCACCUCCACACCUGCUGUGUAUGCCCGCGUCACCACGCUCAUCCCCUGGAUCCAGGAGAUCCUGGCUAGCAACUGAGCCUGUGGGUACUGCAACCCCCCACCCAGACAGUCCCCAAUAAAGGUAUCUGU